AUGGGGGGAUUCCGUGCCAUCGAGGACCGGCCGACGCCGAAGGAAGUUUACAACUGGCGCUUAUACACCGAAUGCAUGAUUAUUGCCCUGGGAUCUCUGCUCUUCGGGUACGACUCCGCCUUCAUCGGGACCACGAUAUCGCGCAACGCCUUCAAGACAGCCUUCGGCAUCACGCCGGCGACGGCGAACGACACGUCGAGCAACAUCACCUCCGCCUUCCAGGCCGGCGCCUUCUUUGGCGCCAUCUUCUGCUUCUUUAUUACCGAGAAGGUCGGCCGGAAGUGGGCGCUGAGCAUAAACGUACUAGUCUUCAACGUCGGCGCCGUGCUCAUGGUUGCGACGAGCGGCAAUCUCGGCAUGAUCUACGCCGGCCGCGCGCUGACCGGCGUAGGCUGCGGCGCCGUCACGGCCACCGUGCCGAGCUACAUCGCCGAGCUGUCGGUGCCCUCGAUCCGCGGCAUUAUGACGGGGCUCUUCGAGAUCACGUACCAGAUCGGCUCGCUCGUCGGCUUCUGGAUCAACUACGGCAUCUCGCAGAACAUACCCGCGACCGACGCGGCCAGCUGGCGCAUCCCCAUGGCCGUCCAGCUCAUCCCCGCCGUGCCCCUCUUCGCCGGCUGCUUCUUCCUGCACGAGAGCCCGCUGUGGCUCAUGCGCAAGGGCCGCGCCGAGCAGGCGCACCGGGCGCUCGAGGCGCUGCGGCACCUCCCCGUCAGCAGCACGUACGUGCAGGAGGACAUCACGGCGAUCGAGAACCGGCUGCGCGAGGAGGCCGCCGUCUCGGCCGCGUACGGGACGGGAUCGUGGGCGCUGUUCCGCGGCGCGAUGAAGGAGUUCUCGCGCCGCGGCAUGCGCAACCGCGUCCUGCUCGUCUUCUGCGCCUUCACGCUGCAGAACCUGUCGGGCGCCGCCGCCAUCAACUACUACAGCCCGACGCUGUUCGGCUCCCUCGGCGUCACCGACGUGGCGCUGUACACGGGCAUCUACGGGCUCGUCAAGGCCGUCGCCUCCAUCAUCUACUACAUCUUCUUCAUCGACAUGCUCGGCCGUCGCCGCCCCACCAUCGUCUCGUCCGUCAUCUGCUCCGCGUGCCUGUGGAUCGUCGGCGCCUACGUCAAGGUGGGGAACCCGGCGGCGACGAUCGCGGCCGGCGGGACGCUGUCGACGUCGACCGCGCAGGGGGGCCAGGCGGCGAUCGGGAUGAUUAUGAUCUAUUCCGUCUUCUGGUCGUUCGGGCUGAACGGCAUCCCGUGGAUCGUCUCGGCCGAGAUCUUCCCGGGCGCGCUGCGCAACUUCUCGGGGACGUUCGCGGCGCUGAUCCAGUGGCUGAUCCAGUUCGUGAUCACGAAGGCGCUGCCGUACAUCUUCAGCUCGUUCGGCUACGGCACCUGGUUCUUCUUCGCCGCGUGGAUGCUCGUCGCGAGCACCUGGGCCUUCUUCAUGCUGCCCGAGACGAAGGGCCUCACCAUCGACCAGAUGGACGUGAUCUUCGGCUACAACGCCGACGGUCACCGGGGCAUCCCCCACACCGCGGUCACGACGAGGCUUGCAAAGCAGGCCCACGACCAGGCCGUCACGGAGAGGGGGAAGAAUGUAGAUGCCGAGCACGAAGAGACGGUGUAA